UGGAGGGCGGAGCGGACAUGUCUUCUUCUCCUCCCGUUUCCUUCGGAUGGUGUUCUCAGACUGGGCUGAAACCUGAGUCUCUAUGGCGAGUUGAGACCAAUAACCAGCCCGUUUCAUUACCAGCGGAUGGUAGGAGGGCAGCUGAGAGUUCAUGAAAUGUGUACUGGUCAAUGCGCUUUAUCCGACCGCUAGAAGCGCGACUAUGGCCUAUUAUUUGUGUGACAUUAGAUAAAGGGAGUGCACCUUGCGUCCGAGAGCAUGGAGGUGACGUAUGCAGCUUUACAGCCUCUCCAGUUUGAUGCCUAGAAACACUGCUCACGAAUAAAGAUGGAUUUACCUCAUCGUUUUCCGGACCCGCUUCUCAACCCGAUGUUGUUCAAUGAAUCCGCGGCACCCGUCGGUAUGAAUGAAGCGUGUGCGGCUGGGAGCGGGUCCGGCGCUAUGGCAACCAGCGCGUUGAGAAACGAUUUGGGCUCCAACAUUCAUGUGUUAAAAACACUAAACCUCCGCUUCCGCUGCUUCCUUUCCAAAGUCCACGAGUUAGAGCGCAGAAACAAGUUAUUGGAGAUCCAGCUGCAGCACGCCCAGGAGCAAUCCCGGUACCGACUGCUGUUUUCCCGGGAGCAAGCGGUCCAGACCAACCUCGAGCUGCCUUAUUCAAACGCACUGUGUCCGUCGAGACUCCCCGGUAGAAUCUGGAGCUUCUCACACACCGCCCGAUUCGGAGGACGGUUUGAGACUCAUCAGGGGCCUCAUCCGGACGGUGUCGGGGUUCAGAUUGACACCAUCACACCUGAACUCAGGGCCUUGUACAAUGUUUUGGCCAAAGUCAAGCGCGACAGGGACGAGUACAGGAGAAAAUGGGAGGAGGAGGUGUCUAAACGUCAGCAGAUGGAGUCUUUGGUGGAGACAUUACAGGAGACUGUUCAGUCAUCUGAGGCUGUGCAGGGAGAAUUGAAUGAGAAGAUGGAACGUCUUAAAACAGAGCUGGUGGUCUUUAAAAGCCUCAUGCCUCGUGAUGAAGUGUCUGACUUGGACACUAAAAUCCAGGAGAAAGCCAUGAAGGUUGAUAUGGACAUCUGCAGGCGCAUCGAUAUCACAGCCAAGCUUUGUGACGUGGCACAGCAGAGGAACUCAGAAGACAUGAGCAAGAUACUGCACGGCAGCCCAUCCAGAGCUCCUCCUGAACAGAAAGGGGGAAUGGCGGUAUGCAGGAGGAAGGAGUAUAAGGGUGAAUCAGAGGAGCAGAGUGUGGAGACUGAUGGUGAUUCUGGUCAAAAGGAGGAGGAUGUGCCUGGUUCUCUCAACAUCACCGAUGAGAUGAAGAGGAUGCUCAACCAGCUAGGUUGCUCAGCUAAUUGGUUUGUUGGCAGGCGGGAAACGUUCGAGUUUGACGAUGACUGCGACAGUCUGGCGUGGGAGGAGACGGGGGAGACGCUUCUGCUUUGGGAGGAUUUCAGUAACUAUAACAGUCUGAACCUCGCCACCACCGCAGCAUCCUGCACAUCUGACACUCAUGGAGAGACACAUGAGCAGGAUCGAAGUCUAGGAAGCCUCAUAAAUGAAACCGAGUCCCUCUUUAAGACCAGAGAGCAGGAGUACCAGGACACCAUCGGUCAGAUUGAGCUGGAAUUGGCCACAGCCAAGAAUGACAUGAACAGACACCUGCAUGAGUACAUGGAGAUGUGCAGUAUGAAGAGAGGGCUGGACGUACAGAUGGAGACCUGCCGGAGGCUCAUCCAAAGCACAGCCACCACCGGCAGUCAAUCGCCCUCCCUCAGCUCUGUGGCCAGCAGUGAUUCAGGAAACACCGAUGAAAUCCAGGACGAGCUGGAGCCUGAUGGAGCGAGAGAUGGAGAGAAAGAAGGGGCGGAAGAGAUGAAUGGAGAGGUUAGAUGAUGAUCAGCCCUUCAUCAUUCUGGAUUCUCAGCUUCUUUGUGAACCAGUCACUCUUUUACGUGUCUGGUGACUUUUUCUUACACAAGUAUUGGUGCUUUAUAUGCUGUCUUAGAGCAGGACUUGCGGUUCCCUCUUCAUCAGCACUGCCAAGGCAUGGCUCCAUAGUCUUCCUCAAGCUUUAACUGAGGUCACACACUUUAUAAUAUGAUGAAUACCAUAUAUA